AGGCAUCCCACAGGGGCUCGAGAUUGUAGCGGAAAUUUGAAAAAUGGCGGCAGGCGUUUUGAGGAAAGUAGUCUUGCGAGAGAUUCAUGGAAGUCUUCGAUAUGUUCCUCAUUCAAAACCGGUCAAUAUGUUUGAAAAGUAUCCUCAAAGAUGCUGUGUCCCUUUCAAAGGGAUCCUUGACGAAACGGGGGAACUGCAAAAUGGACAUGUUGUGCUUGGGUUUUCUAAAGACGGUCAGUACCUCAUAUCAUACCAGUUGAUCAUUGACACUGAUUCAAUGGACAUGCCACAUUACCGCUACUCAUUACACUGGUGGAGAUUUUCAUUUAGAAGAAAACUAAUAAAGGUAUCCAGUGCGCCAUUGUUCACUCAACCAUGUCUACCAGUUACCAAUGACUUGCAUAUUCUAGCAGCUGAAAGUCUUGACCAAAAGUACAUGGUCAUAUGGGGGAGGAGCAUAACCAGCAGCCGCUCUGAGGCUAGCUUACAUUACGUCACCAUAUGUACUGUUCCAUCCUCCACGCCCCGCCUCUGCAAGCAGCCUGAUGUGUGUAUAGAGCAUGAAAUAAGCAUCAGCUUGUCGUACGAGGUUUUGCCACCCCACCCUGUUGUGUUGCCAUCUGUAAGCCUCAAGCUGCCUGGGAUGGUGCUACUUAAUAUGGGGGAUCAUGUUGUCGCCCUCAAGAUGGAAGCUUGCUCAAACCGCAUGGAAAUUAAUGAUACUGUGAAUAAUUUUCAGAGAGAUCAAGAAGGUGGAUCUGUAUGCUUAGCCAACAACUCAACCAAUGAGAAAGACAAAAGUACAAGCAUGGAUUCAAAACCAAGAGAUUUAUUUUGUGAUAAUUUAGAGAGGGUACUGGAUGCUGAAUCCAGUGAUAAACAUGGUACUAGCUCCCAGAUGCCCAGUGAGUGUUUGUGUCAAGAUGGUAACCAUUCCACAUCAGUAGAAAAACUCAAAGACUUGUUGCAUAACCAAUGCGGUUUGUGUCAAAAUUGUGCAAAUUGUAGUAAUAAUAAUGUUCCCAUGGAGCAGCCUGGAGCUUGUCUUGUUCUUGGGGAGUCUUCCUUUGAGUGCAAAAAGACAUUAACAUUGGCUGGACAGCAGCAAUCAGAUAGCUUUGGUUCGCCUUCAAGCAAGUGUGAGGAGCCAUCAGAUGAAACAUCAUCAGAAUCAUCUGUUCAUUCACCAAGAAGGUUAUCUUUGGAUAGUGGUGCAGGUGAUGUCACCGCUGCAACAUUGACUCAAUAUGCUUUUCUUGCUGUUCAGCCUCUGCCUUACGAUUUGGGCAACGAGAGAGUGCAGUCUCAUUCUUAUCUAAAUGAUCUACAUGUAUCAGUCACUGGAUGCCCUUGUAUUCGAGCUUUUAGCUGCGAAGAUGCUAAGGACUUCACACAUACCACAGUACUUUGUAAAGCUUCUUUAGACAUAGAGCAAGCAAUCAAUUUGCUGAUACAUUCCCAUGAGGAGUUGAGGCAACUUUUCAAGUCUUUGCAGGACUAUGAUGUCCAGAUUGCUGAUGUGUGUCCAGAAAGUGGGUGUGUCAUACUAGUGGCAAGGAUUCUGGUGUAUGCUAAGCAAAGACAGAGCACCUUUCACCACAAACUCUCCAUUAGCCCAAGCCCUUCACUGCACACUACAGGGUUUGUGUUUACUUGGAAUAUCAGGAAUGGAGAAGUAAGGACUCUAAACCGCAUGAAAAUUACAGAUCAUCCCAAAGGUGCCUCCUUUGCAAAGACAAAUUCUGCCGCACUAGAAGCGAACACAUUACGGAACAGCAAGUCCAUCCCAACAGGGUUCCAAUCCCAGGUCCGAGUUCUCUCAAACCACACAGUGUUCACUGGGAAAUCGCUCAAGUACGUGGCACACCCCUUUCUACCUAUCCUAGUCAUGAUGUAGCUUGUUAUAGUAUGGUAUACUCUACCUUUCCUAGUCAUGAUGUAGCUUGUAAUGAUACAUGGCCUACUCUACCUAUCCUAGUCAUGAUGUAGCUUGUUAUAGUAUGGCAUUCUCUACCUAUCCUAGUCAUGGUAUAGCUUGUGAUGAUACACAGCACGAAAAUCCAAAUUUAUGCGUGCGUAGGGUCGCGUAAAGAUUGCAUAUAGACGACAUUUACGCAUUUUUACGCAACCAUUACGUUUUGCGUAAAUGUUGUAUUUACGUAGUCUUUACGGUACUGCGUAAAGACGGCGUAAGUAUACUGUUUAUGCGACCUUCAAGCGGGACGUAAAGGUUACGUAAACGUGUGCCUUUACUCAAUCUUUAGGUAACCUUUACGCCAUGCGUAAAGACGACGAAUUUUUAAGCUUUACGUGACCUUUACGCCAUGCGUAAAGACGACGUAUUUAUAAGCUUUACGUGACCUUUACGCAUUAUAUAUUUAUAUUUCUAAGGCAUCAAGCAAUGCUGGGUAAGGUAUAUUUUUCGAAAUGAGGGGAGUUCUAAACAUUAAAACAAAUUUCUUAUGUUUAUCACCCUUUACGCGAUCUUUACGCAGAAUGUAAAGAUGCGUAAAUCUUUAUAACCCUUAACGCGAUCUUUACGCAGAACGUAAACAUACGUAAAUGUUUAUCAACCUUUACGCGGCAGGCAAAGAUGCGUAAAUGUGUAAAUGUAUGUCAGCCUUUACGCACAUGCGUAAAGGUGCGUAAAUAUGGAUUUUCGUGCUGUGUAUGGCAUACUCUACCUAUCCUAGUCAUGAUGUAGCUUGUAAUAAUAUGGUAUACCCCUUUUUACACUAAGAUGUGUUCAAUGAGAAAGAAUUUUGAUAUGACUUCUCUUCCCGGCACCGUGAUAUUUGAAAUUUCUUUUCGGUGGUGAAUGUAUUUCGGACGUCGAUCGGACAAUCUGCUAUAAAUUGGAUUAAGUAAUCAAAUUGCCUAUUAUGGUACUUAAAUUAAUCCGGCUACUAAUUACGUCUGGUUAUUAAUACAAUACGCUGUCCCACAUGUGUUACAGACAUGUUAAGUUACACACAUGGGGAACAGUCCCACAAAGCACAUGCAGGGAAAAACACAUAUUCAUCCAAGCCAAAAAUAUAGCAUGGAAUCUUGUAAUAAAGAGUACAAAACCGA